AUGGCAAGCUCUUCGCGUGUCCAGUCCCCCACUAAACGGUUGCUCACGGAGCUGCAAAGCUACCAGUCCGACCCCAAUGACGCGCUGCUGGAGCUGGGUCCCAUAGACGACGAUGAACUGAUGCACUGGAGGGCAGUCAUGAAGGGUGUACCGGGCACCGCAUAUGAAGGCGGCCGCUGGGCUCUCGACAUCCACAUCCCAACAACGUACCCCAACGCGCCUCCUUCAAUCCGCUUCAUCACCCCCAUCUGCCACCCCAACGUCGACUUCAAGACUGGCGAGAUCUGCCUCGACCUGCUCAAGACGUCGUGGACGCCCGCCUACACCAUCACGACCACUAUGACGAGCAUACAGCAGCUAUUGACGAGCGCGGAGCCGGAUAGUCCAUUGAACGUGGAUAUUGCGCAGUUGUUGAGGCAGGAGGACUACGUGGGUGCGGAGGCGCUCAUCAGGUUUUAUACCGUGACGGAGAGAUGGGAGGGUGGAAGGAGGAGGUAG